AUGCCUUCCAACGAUACCCUCAACAAUAAUUCCAUGGCGAACGUACCCUCGAGCUCAGUAUUCAAGGAUGAUAUAUUCCGAGGAAAGGUGCUCUUCUGUACCGGUGGCGGCACCGGAAUAUGCCAAAAGAUGGUCGAGGCAGUCAUGCGACAUGGUGCAUCGGCCUUCAUUUUCGGUCGCAGAGAGAACGUGCUACACGCGACUUCCUCAGACCUUUCGAGACAUACCCUCCAGAGAUGUUCAUACGCCUCGGGUGACGUUCGGUCGAUCGAAUCUCUCGAAAGAGCCGUCGCCAAAUGCAUCAGUGAAUACGGAAGAAUCGAUUUUGUUAUCGCUGGUGCAGCCGGUAACUUCCUAUGUCCUAUCGAUCAGCUCAGCCCCAAUGCCUUCAAAUCGGUGGUCGAGAUCGACUUGUUGGGAACUUACAACACUAUCAAGGCGACCUUACCCCAUCUGAAGAAAACCAAGGGCUCGUUUAUCAGCGUCUCUGCUACCUUGCAUUACUUUGGUACUCCCCUCCAAGCACAUGUCUCUUCGGCAAAAGCUGGAGUGGAUGCUUUGUCGCAAUCUGUCGCAGUCGAAUUCGGCCCUCAUGGGAUUCGCUCUAACGUCAUUGCUCCAGGGCCUAUCGGCGAUACCGAAGGCAUGUCUCGUCUGAGCACACCUGAAUCGCAAAAAACCAUCUUGAAAAAUAUCCCCUUGCAGCGCUUCGGCACCCGAGGUGACAUUGCCAACGCAGCAGUGUUCCUGUUUUCGCCAGCCGCUUCCUACAUCACCGGCACGAUUCUGAUCUGUGAUGGAGGUGAACAUCACACACGACCCUCAACUUCAUUCGAUGCAUAUCGACAAACAAAUGAAGGCGGCAACAAACCCAGAAAGCCGAAUAGCAAGCUUUAA